AUGUCUCAUCAUAUCGCCGAACUGCACAAGCACUUUUACCAAAACACGGCCGCCUUCACCCCCGAGGCCAUUGAGAAGUCGAUUUUCGACAUGGUCAGGCUUUGGGACUGGAAUGGCGAGAAGACCAUUGCGUCCAACGUCGACUCACGCCCGAGGACCAUCAACACCCUUCACCGCAUCUAUCGCCAGACCUUGACCCUGGGGUACGGCCCUGAUCCAAACCAGCUCAGAUCAAUUGGGUUGAACCUCAAGCUUCUGAGCCUAAGGCUCGAUGGUUUUCCGAAGGAUGAACAGUCGGACAACCCAGACCACUACUUUGAGCCCAUGUCCAGCGACCAUCUCGACACACACCCAAUCACCCUUGUUCCUGCCGACGAUUCACCCAAUGAGUAUCAAGCUACAACACCCCCGGCACCACUACAACCCAGCGACUAUGCCACUGACAUCUGCUCAGAACCAGGAAUGACUUCUAACCAGAUUAAGUGGUAUUUUAUGGAGGCUCCCCGCGAGAAUUAUUGCGAGGCUCUCCGCGAGGACCCCAAGGAUCCCUAUGCACAUUUCGAGUUGAUCAAGGAAACCGGUUGGUACAGCUCGGACGAACCCCGGUUCGAGGAAAACCUCUUUGGCCCAAACCUCUUUGGCCAGCACCCCAUAGCGGCCAUUCCUCGUCGGUAUGCCGAUGGGCAGCGCUGGUUCGUCGACAAAGCCUUCGUCUGUCCCCCGACCGACCCAGGCGAGUAUCAGCCGCACCUGUCCCUCAUCGUCUGCCACGACUACCAGCCCCUCCUCCAUGACGAUACAAACAACAUUCACAACACCCUCCUCCACGGCGAGAUUAAGGCAAUCAUGCAGGCUAUGAUUGCUCGAUACCACAACUUCGAAUGGCCUUCCAUUCUGGAACAUCAGGUCAUCCCAAUUCAAGUCCUCUCCGUCAUCGGCGAACGGGCCCGUAUUCUCCAAGCCCACUUCAACGGCCAGGAACUUGUCGUCCGCAGGUCCUUGCUCUUCACCCCAAGCGAGCCGGGCCCGUUCGCCGAGGACGAAUGGUACGAGCUCUUCGCUCGCUACCUCGCCGCCAAACCUGUCGGCAACACCAAACAAUUCCCGCUAAACCCAUCGACCCCGCCGACCCCGCCACCGACACCACCUGCCCAGUCCGUACCCUCUCGCAAAGAGCAAGCCCCUCGCCACCCCCGACCCCGACCCAAACCCUCUCGCGGGGAGAAAAAGCACCAGUGCCGCGUGCAAAAAGCCACCAAGUCUCCGACUAGACGCCCCGUUCAACAUCACACUCCGUCCACCAGCACUCGGUUCGACACCGUGGUUGGUGAGAACUUUCCUCCGAGGAAGAGGAAGAGGAAUACACAGGAAGACGACGACGACAAGAACAAUAAUAACGAGAACAACAAACACCGCGACAAGAGAAGACCCCAUCCAGCCCGCGACUGUUGGUAAUUAUCUAGGUGGAUAUGGUUGAUCUAAGUUAUCAUGUACUGGGGAUGAUUUGUAAGAUUAUAAUACGUCGACUCGUUGGAUCUUUUUCCUUUUGGUUAUCACAUGUGUUUUAUCUACUUUUUUGGCUUUUGUUUUCGUUCAAGGAUCAGGAUAGGAGACCUUUUGCCCCUCGAGGUACAGUUUUUAUCGUCCGCGAAAUGCUUUUUCU